CUUUUGACGCUCACACAUGUCUGUGUUAUGAGACGUAUUUUGUAAGGUAUCUCGGCUCAACAUUUGUUUGCAAAGCGGGCAGUGUUACACAAUCUGUUCACCUGCAGCGAAGUGAGGACACCACAACUUCACUUCGGCUGAUUUAUAAGAAUAAAACCCCUGCUGGUGUCUAGUGAGCGUACACUAGCUUGACACAUGAUGUUGCCAGCUAGCAGAUAUUCAAGUAAAGCCCACAGGUGUAUCAGUGCAUUGAAGACAGUACAGAUCGAGCACGCUGCCCCUCAGCUGUACACAACACUAAACAGAAGGACAUGCUCUUCGGUGUCAACACCUCGCAUCACCACACACUACACUAUCCAUUCUCGAGAUAAGGAUCCAAGAUGGGAAGGGAUCGAAAUGGAGAGGUUUGCAGAUGAGGCAGAUGUGGUGAUAGUAGGUGGAGGCCCUGCCGGUCUGUCAGCAGCAAUUCGUCUGAAGCAGCUAGCCAACGAACAUGAGAAGGAGCUGCGGGUGUGCCUCGUGGAGAAAGCCUCUCAGAUUGGAGCACACAUCCUGUCAGGAGCCUGUCUGGAGCCCUCGGCCCUCGAUGAACUCAUUCCUGAUUGGAAGGAACGAGGGGCACCCCUGAACACUCCAGUGACUGAAGAUGUGUUCAGCAUUUUAACGGAGAAACACAGAAUCCCUGUCCCCAUUUUGCCAGGUCUGCCCAUGGGGAACCAUGGUAACUACAUCGUGAGGCUGGGGAACUUGUGCGCUGGCUGGGGGAGAGCCGAGGAGCUUGGAGUGGAGCUGUACCCUGGUUAUGCUGCAUCAGAGGUUUUGUUCCACGAGGAUGGAAGUGUUAAAGGAAUUGCCACCAACGAUGUCGGCAUCGCCAAAGACGGCUCACCGAAGGAUGUUUUUGAGAGAGGGAUGGAGCUCCAUGCUAAAGUCACGUUGUUUGGAGAGGGAUGUCACGGCCACUUGGCCAAGCAGCUCUACAAGCAAUUCAACCUGCGUGAGAACUGUGAGCCCCAGACCUACGCCAUCGGCCUGAAGGAGGUGUGGACGAUCGAUGAGAAGAAGUGGAGGCCGGGCAGAGUGGAGCAUUCUGUGGGCUGGCCCCUGAACAGAAACACGUACGGAGGAUCCUUCCUGUACCACCUGAAUGAAGGAGAGCCACUGGUGGCGCUGGGCUUGGUGGUCGGUCUAGACUACACCAACCCGUACCUGAGCCCCUUCAGGGAGUUCCAGCGCUGGAAGCAUCAUCCCUUCGUAGCCACCACGCUGCAGGGAGGCACCAGGAUUGCAUAUGGAGCCCGGGCACUGAAUGAGGGAGGAUUACAGUCUAUCCCAAAGCUGACUUUCCCUGGAGGGCUUCUGAUGGGCUGCAGCCCCGGCUUCAUGAACGUCCCAAAGAUCAAGGGCACCCACACAGCCAUGAAGAGUGGCAUGCUGGCUGCUGAGGCCAUCUUCCCCAAAGUCACAGCCGAGAGCCUGGAUUCAGAGACGACAGGACUCGACGUACCAGAGUACGCUGAGGCUUUGAAGAAUUCUUGGGUGUGGAAAGAGCUGCAUGCGGUAAGAAACAUCCGGCCGUCCUUCCACAAUUACUUUGGCCUGUACGGUGGCAUGAUGUACACCGGCGUGUUCUACUGGAUCUUCAGAGGGAAAGAGCCGUGGACGCUCAAACACUGUGGCCUUGAUGCACACCAGCUGAAACCGGCGAAAGAGUGCACACCGAUUGAAUACCCCAAGCCUGACGGCAAGAUAAGCUUUGAUCUGCUCUCCUCUGUGGCCCUGAGUGGCACCAACCACGAAGGGGACCAGCCCCCCCACCUGACCCUAAAGAACGACAGCGUCCCGGUCGAGAGGAACCUGGCUAUAUACGACGGGCCUGAGCAACGCUUCUGCCCCGCAGGUGUGUACGAGUACGUUCCCCUGGAAACGGGAGAUGGGAUGAGAUUGCAGAUUAACGCUCAGAACUGUGUCCACUGUAAGACCUGCGAUAUCAAGGACCCGAGUCAAAACAUCAACUGGGUCGUGCCUGAAGGCGGCGGCGGACCUGCCUACAAUGGAAUGUGAACAUCUAGAACGAUGACUGUAAAGUAUCUCGCAUUCAGGGUUGCAGUAGUUGCAAAUGUGCCUCGUAUGGAACAGAACAUAACAUCAUUUAUGCAGUGUGGUAUUACGUUUUAAAGUUGGCGUAGGGUUAUGAAUCCUCAAUAGCUUCAAAGUAGUGACUUGUGUUGGAACUGCAAUUAUUUCCUUCAUCUUUCUGUAAAUGAACAAAGCAGUUUCUCAUUAAGGUUGUUUCAGCAUUUAUUCCAGGAAUAUUUGGACAGCAUUUGAUCUGCACAGUAUUGUACAUAAAAUCAUUAGAUAUCACAGUAAUGAAUAAAGAACUCUACUGUU